UUCCAAGAGUCUCUCCGAGAAGGGGGAGUGCAGCAGGGCAUCCCUUGUGUCUCCUUCCCCGUGCGAGGCAAUGCCAGGGGAAGGUCUCCCGGGCGGCAGCCGCCCCCGUCCGUCUGCUUCGGACCCGGGUACCACACCCUGAGCUGGGGCAGAGCAGAUGGGUGAAGUUCAUAAGCUUCUAAAAUGUCAUCAGUCAAACGCCUAGUAUAUGCGGUCAUCCAUUUCUUGAGAGAACAGAGUCAGCUGGAUGCUUUCACUUCAGAUGAACAAGAAAGCUUGGAAGUUGCAAUUCAGUGUUUGGAGACUGUUUUUAAGAUUAGCCUAGAAGAUACGCAUCUUGCAGUGCCACAGCACUUGACAGAAAUGUUCUCAAAUUCUUUUCACAAGAAUGACAUGUUGCCUCUCUCCGAUUCGUUGCCAGAAGAUAUUGAAAAGGCUGACCAGCUGAAGGAUGAAGGUAAUAAUCACAUGAAGGAAGAAAAUUAUGUUGCUGCAGUGGAUUGUUAUACUCAUGCUAUAGAGCUGGAUCCAAAUAAUGCAGUGUAUUAUUGUAACAGGGCUGCUGCUCAAAGUAAGAUCAGCAACUACAAUGAAGCAAUAAAGGACUGUGAGAGAGCAAUAGCAAUAGAUCCAAAAUACAGCAAAGCAUAUGGGAGAAUGGGGUUGGCCCUGACCUCUAUGAACAAAUACCAAGAAGCAAUUACCAGUUACCAAAAAGCACUGGUUCUUGAUCCAGAAAAUGACUCUUACAAGUCAAAUAUGAAAAUAGCUGAACAGAAACUAAGAGACCUCUCCAGUCCUACUGGAACAGGACUGAGUUUUGACAUGGCAAGCUUGAUAAACAACCCAGCAUUCAUUAGUAUGGCAGCAAGUUUAAUGCAGAAUCCUCAAGUUCAACAACUAAUGUCGGGGAUGAUGUCCAAUGCGAUUGGCGGCCCUGCUGCAGGUGUUGGUGGCCUAAGUGAUCUGUCAAGCCUCAUACAUGCGGGACAACAGUUUGCACAACAGAUACAGCAGCAGAAUCCAGAGCUCAUAGAACAACUGAGAAAUCAUGUCCGGAGCAGAUCUUUCAGUGGCAGCACCGAAGAGCAUUCCUGAUUUAAAGGAGGCAUGUGGUUGUAGAACUAGAAAUGUGAAUGGUAUAUAAUCCCAAAGCGCAUAUAAUAGCUAGUAGCAAAUGCAUCAUUGUAACUAUUCUGCUUGGACAUGAGACAGAAAAUCCUUUGUGUCUGUUCGUUAAACAAGAAUAAAUCUGUUAAACAGAUCUGUUGCACACAA